AGGCUAGUUAGCUCCUCCUACCUGUCCUCUGCUGUCCCUCUGUCCUCUGUCCCUCUGUCCUCUGCCUCCUGCCGACCUUUGGACCUCUGUCUCCGGGUUUAAAUGGCCGGCGUCGCUCUGAAGUUGUCCGCUCGCUGCUGGCGCUCAGUCAGACUCACAAGCUUGGCCAGAUUCUCCACCAUUCCCAGUCUGAAGUUCCACACCACGGCCUCUCCGAUGAUGGGUGCGACAGUGGAGCAGUUUCAGGAAGCCAAGAACAAAAUGUCGGCGCUGAAGAACGACCCGGGCAACGAAGUCAAACUGAAGAUCUACGCUCUUUUCAAACAGGCCACUCAGGGUCCCUGCAACACCCCCAAACCAGGCAUGCUGGACUUUGUCAACAAGGUGAAAUGGGACGCGUGGAAAUCUCUGGGCUCCAUAUCACAGGAUGAAGCCAGGCAGGAGUACUGCGACCUCAUUGGCUCCCUGGCGGCGGCAGAAGGAGGAAGCUCCGCCCAGGUGGCUGCACAGCCUGCUGGGAGCGGGGCGACGUACGAGACGCUGUUGCUCACCAAGGAGGAUGACAUCACUACCAUCAAACUGAACCGACCGGCCAAGAAAAACGCCAUCACUACUGAGAUGUACAACGACAUUAUUGCAGCUCUGGAGCAGGCGGCAAAAGACGACUCCGUCAUCACUGUUUUUACUGGUGCCGGUGAUUUCUACUGCAGUGGAAACGACCUGUCCAACUUCACCAAGAUCCCCGAGGGAGGGGUGGAGGCCAUGGCCAGAAGUGGUGGAGAUCUGCUCAGGAAGUAUGUGAAGGCGUACAUUGACUUCCCGAAGCCGCUGGUUGCCGUGGUGAACGGACCGGCUGUAGGAAUCUCAGUCACAGCGUUGGGACUCUUUGACCUGGUCUACGCUACAGACAGGGCCACCUUCCACACGCCGUUCAGUCAGCUGGGUCAGAGCCCCGAGGCCUGCUCCUCUUACACCUUCCCCAAGAUAAUGGGCAACGCCAAGGCCAGUGAGAUGCUGCUGUUCAAUAAGAAGCUGACGGCGGUUCAGGCCUGUGAGGUCGGUCUGGUCACUGAGGUUUUCCCCGACAGCAGCUUCCAGUCGGAGGUCUGGACCAGACUGAAGGCCUACGCCAAGCUGCCUCCCAACUCUCUGGCUUUCUCUAAACAGCUGAUCCGGUCGACGGAGAAGGAGCGUCUCCACGAGGUGAACGACGUCGAGGUGGAGCGUCUGACGGAGCGAUGGAUGUCAGACGAGUGCUUCAACGCCGUCAUGAGUUUCUUCCAGGCCAAGGCCAAACUCUGAGACCUCUGAGGAGGAGGAGGCGUGGGGGUGUGGAGAAAUAAAUCACUUUAAAACGUUAGAAGCAGGUCAGUCCUCCAACUCCGACGUCGGAUCAUUCUUCUUCAUGGUUUUCAUUUGGACUCAUGCGAGAAGCUCUCAGACAAACAGAUUAGUUCUUAGAUAGUACGCACGAGUGAUUUAAAGAUAAACUUGUUGCAUUCACUACUGGACUUCCUGAAUGUGAAUCUAACUGAGCACUUCUCAUUCUUCUCUUAUUUCAUUUUAACAUAAGUUGACUCACCGAGCUCCGUGUUGGUAACCUCUAGUAACGACUGCGGAGCUCCGCUGUGAGUUUUAGUUGUUUAUAUCUUUAGCUGCGUACAAACGUUUGGAAGCUGAGUUACGGAGCAUUCACACCAAGCGCCAAGCAAACCUUUACAGAAAGUCAAUGCGUCGCAAACUCAAGAAAUUCGCUGUGUCGUGAAAGCGUUGAGAACUCAGAUUGUCUCUCACGUCCUGACGUCGCUGAAUCAGAUGUUUGGGGGGGGAAUAUUGCAAUA